UUUCUUAGCAUCUUCUGCCAUGGGGCUGGGCUGUAGGUAUUUUGUGGGCUUAGUGCUGCUCUGGUCCCUAAGAAUAGCCCUUGGGCAGGGGGACUUCCACAGGGUCAGUUUCUCUGUCUUGCAACAUGAGUAUGACUGUGGAGACUAUGGGAUGCAGCUGCUGGUCUUUCCCAGCCAGGGCCGCACCGUCCGCUUCAAAGUUGUGGAUGAGUUUGGGACACCCUUCGAAGUUACCAACUGCUCCAUCUGUCUCCAUUGGGUCACAUCUGGCGAGCAAGGAGCGAUGAUCUUCUCGGCUGGCUACAAUGGCUGUCAUGUCCAGAAGAAGGAUGGCCGUAACCACCUGCAGGUGCGAGUGGAGGAACUGCUGAGCACCAGGGCCAUCGCUGCCACCUAUGAUGUGAACAUGACCUGCCCCAAGCCCACUGAACGUGACUUAACCCCAGAGGAGACCAUGCGCUACGUGCCGCAGCCGGGCCUGGUGCGCCCGGUGCCCCAGCCGCAGCCGGGCCUGGUGCGCCCGGUGCCCCAGCCGCAGCCGGGCCUGGUGCGCCCGGUGCCCCAGCCGCAGCCGGGCCUGGUGCGCCCGGUGCCCCAGCCGCAGCCGGGCCUGGUGCGCCCGGUGCCCCAGCCGCAGCCGGGCCUGGUGCGCCCGGUGCCCCAGCCGCAGCCGGGCCUGGUGCGCCCGGUGCCCCAGCCGCAGCCGGGCCUGGUGCGCCCGGUGCCCCAGCCGCAGCCGGGCCUGGUGCGCCCGGUGCCCCAGCCGCAGCCGGGCCUGGUGCGCCCGGUGCCCCAGCCGCAGCCGGGCCUGGUGCGCCCGGUGCCCCAGCCGCAGCCGGGCCUGGUGCGCCCGGUGCCCCAGCCGCAGCCGGGCCUGGUGCGCCCGGUGCCCCAAAUAUAUCCUCCACCAAGCAACAUAGGGGCCCAUCUCACAGAGGAGCAGUGCCGUGUGGUGGCUGGGAAGAUGCCCUGUGCGGAUGCCCCAGGCCAAGCUGCUUGCUUCCAGGCUGGCUGCUGUUAUGAUGAGACUGACCUCACUACUCCCUGCUACUAUGGCAACACAGUCACUGUUCAGUGCCUCCUGGAUGGUCACUUUGUUCUGGUGGUCUCCAGGGACAUGUCUGAUCACCCUAUCAUCCUGGAGAGUGUCCGGCUAGCCUAUGCCCAGGCAGGGUGUGACCCCAUCAGGAUGACUGAGGCUUUUGUGAUCUUCCGCUUCCCCCUCAUGCAGUGCGGCACCACAGUCCAGGUGAUCCAUGACAAACUGAUCUAUGAGAACCAGCUGAUCUCUGGCAUCGACAUCCGGACUGGGCCAGACGGCUCCAUCACCCGGGACAGCACCUUCAUCCUCCAUGCUCGCUGCAUCUACAAUGCCAGUGACUUUCUGCCAGUCCAGGUCGAGGUCUUCUUGCCCCCCACACCUGCUCCAGUCACCCAGGCAGGACCCCUCCGGCUUGAGUUGCGCAUCGCCACAGACCUGAGCUACAGAUCCUAUCUCACAGACAGAGACUACCCUGUGGUGAAGGUGCUCAGGGACCCUCUCUACAUGGAGGUUCGCAUCCUGCACAGAACAGACCCGUCCCUGGUUCUGGUUCUACACCAGUGCUGGGCCACCCCAAGUGCUAACCCCCUGCAGCAGCCGCAGUGGCCCAUCCUGGUGGACGGGUGCCCGUUCCUGGGAGACAACUACAGAACCCAGCUUGUGCCCGUGGGCCCUGCCUUAUCUGAGCUGCCCUUCCCGACUCACCACCAGCGCUUCGUCCUCUCCACCUUUGCCUUUGUGGACUCCGCCUCCCAGGUGGCGCUUGAGGGAGAGGUGUACAUUUACUGUAGCGCCUCAGCUUGCUACCCCUCCCGGCUGGAGCCCUGCAGGACCAUGUGCCCAUCAGGAGCUGCUACGAGAGGCCGCCGGUUCCUGGAUAUCAACAAUGGGACAGGAGAGCCCCAGGACCUGGUGAGCUCUCCUGGCCCUGUGAUCUUCCAGGAGAGCCCUGAGCCAUGGAGAGAGCACGUCUAUGAGAACAAGGACCCUGUCUCCAGACUGGACCUGACCCUGGUGCUUCUGGCCAUGCUUUCAUUGGUGGCUGUGGUUUCUCUUGUUACUGUGACACUACUCCAUAGGAGAAGCAGCUGGAUGACAAGGUCCCCAAUCUUCCAUGGCAGAUCUUCCCCCCCUUAUGAGAAGUGGCUGCUAGACAGGGCUUCUUUCUUAGCAUCUUCUGCCAUGGGGCUGGGCUGUAGGUAUUUUGUGGGCUUAGUGCUGCUCUGGUCCCUAAGAAUAGCCCUUGGGCAGGGGGACUUCCACAGGGUCAGUUUCUCUGUCUUGCAACAUGAGUAUGACUGUGGAGACUAUGGGAUGCAGCUGCUGGUCUUUCCCAGCCAGGGCCGCACCGUCCGCUUCAAAGUUGUGGAUGAGUUUGGGACACCCUUCGAAGUUACCAACUGCUCCAUCUGUCUCCAUUGGGUCACAUCUGGCGAGCAAGGAGCGAUGAUCUUCUCGGCUGGCUACAAUGGCUGUCAUGUCCAGAAGAAGGAUGGCCGUAACCACCUGCAGGUGCGAGUGGAGGAACUGCUGAGCACCAGGGCCAUCGCUGCCACCUAUGAUGUGAACAUGACCUGCCCCAAGCCCACUGAACGUGACUUAACCCCAGAGGAGACCAUGCGCUACGUGCCGCAGCCGGGCCUGGUGCGCCCGGUGCCCGUGCCGCAGCCGGGCCUGGUGCGCCCGGUGCCCGUGCCGCAGCCGGGCCUGGUGCGCCCGGUGCCCGUGCCGCAGCCGGGCCUGGUGCGCCCGGUGCCCGUGCCGCAGCCGGGCGUGGUGCGCCCGGUGCCCGUGCCGCAGCCGGGCCUGGUGCGCCCGGUGCCCCAGCCGCAGCCGGGCCUGGUGCGCCCGGUGCCCCAGCCGCAGCCGGGCCUGGUGCGCCCGGUGCCCCAGCCGCAGCCGGGCCUGGUGCGCCCGGUGCCCCAGCCGCAGCCGGGCCUGGUGCGCCCGGUGCCCCAGCCGCAGCCGGGCCUGGUGCGCCCGGUGCCCCAGCCGCAGCCGGGCCUGGUGCGCCCGGUGCCCCAGCCGCAGCCGGGCCUGGUGCGCCCGGUGCCCCAGCCGCAGCCGGGCCUGGUGCGCCCGGUGCCCCAGCCGCAGCCGGGCCUGGUGCGCCCGGUGCCCCAAAUAUAUCCUCCACCAAGCAACAUAGGGGCCCAUCUCACAGAGGAGCAGUGCCGUGUGGUGGCUGGGAAGAUGCCCUGUGCGGAUGCCCCAGGCCAAGCUGCUUGCUUCCAGGCUGGCUGCUGUUAUGAUGAGACUGACCUCACUACUCCCUGCUACUAUGGCAACACAGUCACUGUUCAGUGCCUCCUGGAUGGUCACUUUGUUCUGGUGGUCUCCAGGGACAUGUCUGAUCACCCUAUCAUCCUGGAGAGUGUCCGGCUAGCCUAUGCCCAGGCAGGGUGUGACCCCAUCAGGAUGACUGAGGCUUUUGUGAUCUUCCGCUUCCCCCUCAUGCAGUGCGGCACCACAGUCCAGGUGAUCCAUGACAAACUGAUCUAUGAGAACCAGCUGAUCUCUGGCAUCGACAUCCGGACUGGGCCAGACGGCUCCAUCACCCGGGACAGCACCUUCAUCCUCCAUGCUCGCUGCAUCUACAAUGCCAGUGACUUUCUGCCAGUCCAGGUCGAGGUCUUCUUGCCCCCCACACCUGCUCCAGUCACCCAGGCAGGACCCCUCCGGCUUGAGUUGCGCAUCGCCACAGACCUGAGCUACAGAUCCUAUCUCACAGACAGAGACUACCCUGUGGUGAAGGUGCUCAGGGACCCUCUCUACAUGGAGGUUCGCAUCCUGCACAGAACAGACCCGUCCCUGGUUCUGGUUCUACACCAGUGCUGGGCCACCCCAAGUGCUAACCCCCUGCAGCAGCCGCAGUGGCCCAUCCUGGUGGACGGGUGCCCGUUCCUGGGAGACAACUACAGAACCCAGCUUGUGCCCGUGGGCCCUGCCUUAUCUGAGCUGCCCUUCCCGACUCACCACCAGCGCUUCGUCCUCUCCACCUUUGCCUUUGUGGACUCCGCCUCCCAGGUGGCGCUUGAGGGAGAGGUGUACAUUUACUGUAGCGCCUCAGCUUGCUACCCCUCCCGGCUGGAGCCCUGCAGGACCAUGUGCCCAUCAGGAGCUGCUACGAGAGGCCGCCGGUUCCUGGAUAUCAACAAUGGGACAGGAGAGCCCCAGGACCUGGUGAGCUCUCCUGGCCCUGUGAUCUUCCAGGAGAGCCCUGAGCCAUGGAGAGAGCACGUCUAUGAGAACAAGGACCCUGUCUCCAGACUGGACCUGACCCUGGUGCUUCUGGCCAUGCUUUCAUUGGUGGCUGUGGUUUCUCUUGUUACUGUGACACUACUCCAUAGGAGAAGCAGCUGGAUGACAAGGUCCCCAAUCUUCCAUGGCAGAUGACUGUAAAAUAAGGGAGGGGGAGCAGAAAUAAAAUGUCUGGACUGCA